AUGAACGCGCCCCAGGCUGGCCUGCUGGAGGAUGAGAAAUGGGUAGACCGGCGUCGUGUGGCCCGGGUUGUCCUAGCCGUGGCCAAACACAGAUCAGCCCGGCCGGGAGGAGCAGGACGCGCGGGGCCCGCUCCUCCCGCACGGACCCAUGAACAGCCGGGCGGCGCGGCGGCUCCGCAGGCUGACGGAGCCAGUGCAGCUGGAAGGAAAAGCACGGCGAGCAGGGAGCGCUUGAAGCGCAGCCAGAAGAGCACCAAGGUGGAGGGGCCCGAGCCCGCGCCGGCCGAGGCCUCCCUGAGCGCCGAGCAGGGAACGAUGACGGAGGUGAAGGUGAAGACAGAGCUGCCUGACGACUACAUCCAGGAGGUGAUCUGGCAGGGGGAGGCCAAGGAGGAGAAGAAGGUGGUCAGCAAGGACGGGCCAGGCGACGUGCCCGCCGAGAUCUGCGUGGUGAUCGGUGGCGUUCGUAACCAGCAGACCCUCGAUGGAAAAGCGCCCGAAGGCAGCCCCCACGGUGGAUCUGUGCGAAGCCGCUAUUCAGGGACCUGGAUUUUUGACCAAGCGUUGAGAUAUGCAUCUGGAUCCUAUGAGUGUGGAAUCUGUGGCAAGAAGUACAAAUAUUAUAACUGUUUCCAGACCCACGUACGGGCACACCGAGACACUGAAGCCACCUCAGGGGAGGGAGCCUCCCAAGGCAACAAUUUCAGGUACACAUGUGACAUCUGUGGGAAGAAAUACAAGUACUACAGCUGCUUCCAAGAGCACCGGGACCUGCACGCGGUGGAUGUAUUUAGUGUGGAAGGGGCCCCUGAGAAUCGGGCAGACCCCUUUGACCAAGGUGUCGUGGCCACUGACGAAGUGAAGGAGGAACCCCCGGAACCGUUCCAGAAAAUCGGGCCAAUGAACAAUAUUACAUCAGAAAUUUUUAAGAAGAAAGAAGUUAGGCAGUGCCCAAAGAGAGAAACUGGCAAUUACACCUGUGAAUUCUGCGGAAAGCAGUACAAGUACUACACGCCCUACCAGGAGCACGUGGCCUUACACGCCCCCAUCAGUACCGCCCCUGGGUGGGAGCCACCGGACGAUCCAGACACGGGCUCUGAGUGUUCACAUCCGGAGGUCUCCCCAUCUCCACGCUUCGUGGCAGCGAAGACCCAGACGAACCAGUCGGGGAAAAAAGCUCCGGCCUCCGUGGUCCGAUGCGCCACCCUCUUACACCGCACCCCUCCAGCCACCCAAACCCAGACGUUCCGCACUCCAAAUUCGGGAUCUCCGGCAAGCAAGGCAACUGCAGCAGAAAGCGCUUUCAGUCGGAGAGUAGAAGGCAAAGCACAAAACCACUUCGAAGAGACAAAUAGCAGUUCCCAAAACUCCAGCGAAACUGCAAGUCCCCUGAUUUCCAAUCCUUUCCCUCUCCUACAGAAGCCCUACACCUGUGGCGCCUGUGGGAUCCAGUUCCAGUUCUACAACAACCUGCUGGAGCACAUGCAGUCCCACGCAGCGGACAACGAGAACAACAUUGCCUCCAACCAGUCUCGAUCGCCACCUGCUGUUGUGGAAGAGAAGUGGAAACCGCAGGCCCAGAGGAACAGCGCCAACAACACCAUGACCGGCGGUUUAACACCCAACAGCAUGAUCCCCGAGAAGGAGCGGCAGAAUAUCGCAGAGCGGCUGCUGAGGGUCAUGUGCGCCGACCUGGGCGCACUGAGCGUGGUGAGUGGGAAGGAGUUCUUGAAACUGGCCCAGACGCUGGUGGACAGCGGUGCCCGCUACGGGGCCUUCUCGGUCACGGAGAUCCUGGGCAACUUCAACACACUGGCGCUGAAGCACCUGCCCCGCAUGUACAACCAGGUGAAGGUGAAGGUGACGUGUGCCUUGGGCAGCAACGCCUGCCUGGGCAUCGGUGUCACCUGCCACUCGCAGAGCGUCGGCCCCGACUCCUGUUACAUCCUCACAGCCUACCAGGCCGAGGGCAACCACAUCAAGAGCUACGUGCUGGGCGUGAAGGGCGCGGACAUUCGCGACAGCGGCGACCUGGUGCACCACUGGGUGCAGAACGUGCUGUCGGAGUUCGUGAUGUCCGAGAUCAGGACAGUGUACGUGACCGACUGCCGGGUGAGCGCGUCCGCUUUCUCCAAGGCCGGCAUGUGCCUUCGCUGCUCAGCCUGUGCCUUGAACUCGGUGGUGCAGAGCGUGCUGAGCAAGCGGACGCUGCAGGCCCGCAGCAUGCACGAAGUCAUCGAGCUGCUCAACGUGUGCGAGGACCUGGCGGGCUCCACGGGCCUGGCCAAGGAGACCUUCGGGUCCCUCGAGGAGACCUCGCCGCCGCCCUGCUGGAACUCGGUCACGGACUCGCUGCUGCUGGUACACGAGCGCUACGAGCAGAUCUGCGAGUUCUACAGCCGCGCCAAGAAGAUGAACCUCAUCCAGAGCCUCAACAAGCACCUGCUCAGCAACCUGGCGGCCAUCCUGACGCCGGUGAAGCAGGCGGUCAUCGAGCUGAGCAACGAGAGCCAGCCCACCCUGCAGCUCGUGCUGCCCACCUACGUCAGGCUGGAGAAGCUGUUCACGGCCAAGGCCAAUGACGCGGGCACCGUCAGCAAGCUGUGUCACCUCUUCCUGGAGGCCCUCAAGGAGAACUUCAAAGUGCACCCGGCGCACAAGGUGGCCAUGAUCCUGGACCCGCAGCAGAAGCUGCGGCCCGUCCCGCCCUACCAGCACGAGGAGAUCAUCGGCAAGGUGUGCGAGCUCAUCAACGAGGUGAAGGAGUCCUGGGCCGAGGAGGCCGACUUCGAGCCCUCCGCCAAGAAGCCCCGCUCCGCCGCGGGCGAGAACCCUGCAGCUCAGGAAGACGAUCGGCUUGGGAAAAAUGAAGUGUACGAUUACCUGCAGGAGCCCCUCUUCCAGGCCACCCCUGAUCUCUUCCAGUACUGGUCGUGCGUUACCCAAAAGCACACGAAACUCGCCAAGCUGGCCUUCUGGCUGCUCGCGGUCCCGGCCGUGGGGGCCAGGAGCGGGUGUGUAAAUAUGUGUGAGCAAGCGCUUCUAAUCAAAAGGAGGCGACUGCUCAGUCCGGAAGAUAUGAACAAACUCAUGUUUCUGAAAUCCAACAUGCUUUAAGACUUGACUUCGGAACAAAAAGAAAUAAGAAAGAAAAGAAAAGAAAAAGAGAAGAGAAACAUUAGGAAAACACACACACACACACACACACACACACACACACACACACAACACUGUCGCAAACAAAGAAAAGGAAUUUAAGUUCUAAACACUGUGGACCUCAUUAUAAAUGCCCCCUGGAAACUUAAGUGCUUUUUCAGUGUGUGUGUGCAUGUGUGUGCACACCCGCACACAUGUGGACGUGUCCCAGCACGUGCACCCUGGGUGUGGGGCGUGGGGGCCCCGUGCUCGUCUGCGCAGCCACGGCAGCUCUGUGCACGCAUGCACACACACACAGCCCUGGUGCAUGUGCACGUGCCUGCUCGCGGGCGCGUGUGCAUUAAACUGGGUGUGUCAGGAAAGCUGAGUGGGAAAGAGGGAAGACGCUUCACCUCCUUUUCUCAGUGAGGGGGCUUUAAAGACUCCGUUUUCAGGUGUGCAGAUUGGUAGAAAGCUGAUGUCGUAAAACGUUCAGGCAGCUGAGAUCUGAAGUGACUUGACGCUCUCUGUCCUUGACCCCGUGGUCCCCACCCAUCCCUCCCGACCCUCCCCCCUCCCCCCUCCCCCCUCCAUGCCCUCCUGACCCUCAUGCACCCACCCCUCCCCGGCUGCUCUGCCAUGGAUUCUCCAGACUGCAUCAGAUGGACAGUUUCUGCACUGGACUUUGUUCUCGUUCACCUUCAGGGCAUUGAGCUGUUGCCUUCGAGAUACCCUUGGGUGUCACAGGGCAGCCGCCUUAGAAACACAUCUAUCUAUCUCCCCAAAUCAGGAAAGGAGACUUUAAGAAUAUAAAGCUGACUUUUUGCUUUUUAAUAUAAGAUAGAAAAAAAACAUUUUUUAAAGAAGUAUAGAUACCGUCUCCACUCCUUAAUAAUUGUUUUUCCUAACAUUUUAGCAGUUUUUACCUUUUUUUUUUUUUUUUUUUUCAAAUUUGAUUUUAGACUCUGCUAGGAGGCACUGAAUGUCUGUAACUUAUGUUUUGGAGGUUUUUUUUUUUUUUUUUCCCCAGUUGCCCUUUUUGUUCCUCAAAUCACACUGUAAACUAGCUCAUCUCAGUGGUAUACUCAGUAUCCUAAGGUUUUUAUUAGCCCUCCCUGUACAGUCCCAUUUUCAUGUAUUUGAACAGCCAAGACCAUGAACGUACUUGGCUUGGCUGUUUGGGAACCAGGAGUGGGGUUGGAGUCACGGAUUUCACAGAGGUGGGGUUCGGUGGAAGCCAUAGGGAAGCAUGUGGCUUGGGAGUGUUCCUGAAUGUAAUCGGAAGGCCCGCCCUCCUGGUUCGCUGUGUCUGGUACUGCGAAUGUCUGAUUUAUAUACCCAGAGUGCAUUACACUACUUGCCCCAUCACUGACACUUCCGGCCCCGCAGGGACUCCUGAGUCCACCCAUGUUCACGUCUGUCUCGCCUCGGACCCACGGCCCCUCCCCCCUCCCCAGGACCCCAGGGAUUCCGGUGGUUCCAUUGCCCGCAGCCUGGGGUUCCCCACGUGGGCCUCAGCCCUCCUUCCAGGACAGUAGUUCAGCACGGUGCCUUGUGGGCCUAACAGUUGAUGUCUUGAAGGUAGAAUGGCAUUAUCAGACCACACUCCCCUUGAGGCUGUGAAAGAUGGCUUUUCUCUCCAUGAGGAAUUUACGUUUUACACACUCAGUCCAUAUGGCAAGAGGGUGGCCCCUUUGCCCUUACAAGAGGUGGUCUGUCACGGUCAGUACUCCACCCCCCACCCCACCUCUCCACGAGUAACGUGCCGGUGGCCGCCUGUCCCCCCGGUGCCCACGCCUGUAGGAUACAGAUGGUUACGCCAAGGGCUUCGGGCGAAGAACGACCACCAUCACGGAGGACUCUUUGCAAAGGCACGUUUUACCAUUUUGAGGGUUGACUCCACUCCGUCCCUUCCUGUUAAUAAAGCAUUACUUAGCCGUGAGAUACCUCGAUUCCAAAAAGCACUGUACAACAUCCCCAUCCCCGGGUCCGUAGCAGAUGGGGAAGUCGAGUUGGUUCAGAGACUCAAGAAGGCUUAGGAUUAUAGGCCAGAACAGUGUCCCUGGGGGCCGAGCCCACUCACGUCCCCUCAUGAGAACUAACCCAGCUUUCCCCUCCCAAGUGUUGGAUGUACUAAAACGCAUCAAAGUGGGCCGUUCGAAGCUUCGCUCCAGCAAGCCGUGGUCUCGGGAACCAAUGUGCCAUUUCCUCUCCUGGAGAAGCUCUGGGUAUUUCCCCCCCAUUUCCAAUCGGGUCACAUCACCAGAAGAGCCUCCAUCUGCACUGGACGGUCACCGGAUGGCGCUUUCUAGAGCGCGUGGGAGCAUCAGCAGACCUUACGAUCGGAGCUUUGAGGACAUUCCAGAAGGCGGCUGCAGGGUUGCUGAAGAGUGACAGAUGCAUCCUGCAGCAGAAGGCCCCUCCGGUUUUGCUUUGCUGCUGGGGGAGGGUCCGCGACCUGGCCCUUUGAACCGCACGAGGAGGAUCAGAGUUGCCCACUUGGUGUGGUUGGUGGGAGCAGGGCCUCGGAGCCCGUCCUCCCUCUACUGAAGGCAGAGUGGUUACACCGUUGCCCCGUGUUUGGGCCAGUUAGUUAGAAAACAGACAUUUUACUCUCUUGCAAAGCCAUCAGAGACCAAGCCCAGAUAAUGCGUUGAGAGCACUCCACAUUCUCUUUGGAACAUGGGGAUAUCUGCCCUCCAGAGUGAAAAUUCGAGGAAGUCUAGUUAACUAAACUUUAGGUAUGAAGUCCUAUGUGCCCCCCCCCCCCCCCGCCCCGUUCUGUUCUUUUUUCCAACCCUCGGGCUUGGCUUGCUCUGCAGGUUUAAGGUGGAUGCCACUGGACACUCUCAACGCUGUCUCCAGGGGCUGCCUCCUCCAGGAUGGUGACCAGGUGGCAGGUGGUCCUUUCUCUCUUGCAGCCACUGGUUCCUCAGAAACUGGGGUCGCGAACAGGAAAGGCUGUAUCAAGGUGCCCCUUCAGUCGGCUUUCUCACGCAGGCCAUUCCCGUAGUGCACGUCUUGCUGCAGUGAACAGCUUAGUAAAAUCCAAAGAUCUCACAGGCUCAGCCACUGGCCCCUCGUUUCCAGCAAUAUCCACCUUACCCACAUUCUAGUUUAGCCAAAGGACUGAGGUAGACUCUUCCAGUUCGUCUCCCGGCACCUCCCCUGGCAUCGACCUUCAGAAAGAUUCUGUCUUCUGCACCCCCGUUCUGUGACCACUUUGGGACUUUCCACCACAGGCCCUUGGUUGCUGGCAGAGCAGGAAAUAGGGCCAUUUCUGUCAUGUUCUCGACCACUCAAGGUGGUCGUGUGCUGACUCGGACACGGCCUGCCUCAAGCCAUGCGAUUCCCAGGACAGAAAUGGUCUGGCGCUGACAUCCAUGGAGCCCGGGGGGAGGUGGAGAGAACGCGCCUCCCCUCUGCAGGGUGUUUUCCCCUCCCGUGAGGCCACUGGGCUUCACCACCAAAGCCAGGGCCAAGGACUGCAGCCUCACGGGUGGUCGAUGGAGUAGCCUGGGCGUGGCUGCUCUUGUCCCAACGCCGUUCUCCCUCCCUGUGCCCGGGUCCACCAGCCAGGCCCCCCUCAGAUGGGGGCUGAAAGCCGGGAAGCGAAACGGAGGGGCCGCGCGAGCAGAGCUCCUGCCUGCGCUUCACCUUGGGGGUUCGUGGUGCAGAAAGCUGCGGGCCGUACCUGCCAGCGAGGUUCCUUUGCCACCGUCCCCACCUGAUGGCCUCUGGCUUGGCUGCCGGGGACCGGCCCUUGGCUGGGAGAAGGGUACAAAGGUUUCCUGGUGAGAGAACCAUCCGAGGAAGGACUUUCUUUUUACAUCUGGUCCAUUGGCUGGCAAGUGAUCUCUCCCUGAGUUUGCUCUUUAUCUCCUGCACUUUCAAGAAACACCAGGGAAAAACUCUGCAAGGCGUGUUUUCCACUGUGAAGCCUCAUCUCGCCUUCAGCAGGCCCCUGUGCUUAUGCGAGGGGCAACCUGGGGAGACGUCAGGGAUGCAGCACGCACUCUCGGGGGCCACGCGUUCACGAGAAAGGCUUGAAGGAAAGCUGGGUUGCGGACGGAGCUGGGCUCCUGUGAGCGACCGCCCAGGACAGGGGCAGUACCUGGGAGCCGUCGUCAGGAUGGCUGUGCUCGCAGAGACCGGAAGAGGAGGUAACACGGGGCGUCGGGAGCGGUCUCCCGCCCCGCUGAGCUGGGGUGAGUUCACAGCACGGCGUGUGUCCCCGGGGCGUACCUGACGGGGAGCUCCCGGAAAGGCUGCUGGUUUAGGUAGAACAGAGAGGCUGAGUCAGGCUCCGGCUGUCCCCUGGAGACCUUCGGUGGGGUCUCCCGCCUCAGCCCUGCCGGCCCCAGCCCAGGCCCCCGGAUCCAGCUGGGCCGCGGGAAGGACUGGGAAGGGGCCUGCCCCUCUCUUCACUGUGGCUAACGUUUGCUAGGCCAGUUAUGGUGAACCAAUGAUACAGUGUCUUGUCCUCUUAUGUUUCCCUCCCAGUUUCCCCUCUUCAGGGUCUUCUGGAGGAUUUGGUGGUGGUGGUAUUGUUUUUCUUCCUCUCUCAUUCGGGUUUGAGGACGGUGGUCAGUAGAGGCCUGCCUUUCCCUGAAGGGGCCUGUGGGUUCUGUGUGAAGACGCACCUGCUCCCGCUUUGAUGAGGGGGAAGGUCCUUAGGUCGCCGUUGGCUUCUGUUCAUGCCCCCACGGCCGCCACCGGCCACCACCACGGGUGUCGCUUUAAAGAUCCAGCUCCUGUUCCAGAGAAGGAUUCGCUAGGUCUGCAGUUGGGCGUCAGCAUCAGGACCCACGAGGGUCCUACCCACCCGUGCGUCCCCACCGGGCACCUUGACUCUUCGAACCAAAGUUCCUUAAAGGGGCACAGCCCAGCCUUGUCCGCAACCUCAGGGGCCUGGGAUCCCUGUGGCGCUUCCUGAAGUCCAGGUCGGCAGAGACCGUGGGGUCUGCGGCCAGCCGGAAGGAGGCCUCCUCCCACAACCCAGGUGCCAGCCGGUCCCCGCCUGGGGCCCUUCCUCCCGCCCAGCCGGGGGGUGGGGGUGGGGGGUCGGGUUCCCAGGCGGCGAGCCAGCUCGCGGACUGGCGUGGGGCUGGGACUCGCCAGCCAGGAGAGAGAGGACCCGCCGGGCAGCGCGUCCGGGGCCAUUCAGAUCCCAAGCAUCAGGAAAUCAUUUUGUACAACCACCCGAAGCAGAGAUAUUUUUUAAGAAGCGUAAAUUAUUUUCAGUUGUUUUCUGAUCCUGCCUUUUUCUUUUCCCUGCAACUUCGCAUCGGUGAUUCUUUCACAUCAGGUAAAUCUCGAGAAAGCCUUGGUGCCCCUCCCUCCCUGCGCCCCGCUCAGUAACCACGUGCGUGCACCCCAUCCUUUCUCAGUAGUUAAGACGUUCUAGGCAAUACCAUAGGCACAUCUGACUGUGUCUCUCUCUUCGAGUACAAGAAACUCAAGUCAUCUUAAAAAAAUACAAAAAAAAAAAUUUACAAAAAAACAAACACAAAAAAAAUAUCUUUUUUAGGCCAGAGUUUUCUACAGGUAUUAAUGAAUAUUUUUCUUAAUCCUUAUAAGUUUUAUGUGUUUAAUAUUUCUUAAUACCGGUAGCAUUAAUUUAUACUUUUGUAGCAACACAAUAUUUUUAUAAACAGCCAGUGCUUGGCUCCAGUCUCCACGAGGGGUUUAUGCAGGGCCAUCUUGGGACCCUGCGUACCAUGUACUGUAUUUAAAAAAAAGUUACCUAGUGUCACCCUUGCUGUGUUAAUUAACAAAAGACGUUGUUCGCGGUCUCCUGUGUCGUUGGUGUGGAUCCAACAGCUCUCCAAGGAGUCACGUUGCAUGGGGGUUGAGUUGACGGUUCUUGUGAUACGUAAACCCCCGAGACCAAACUUGAGGGUUUAUUUAGGGUUUUUUUGUUCGUCCUUUGGGAUUUUCGUUUCACUUUGUUUUGGUACCGUAUCUCCAUUUACAGCCAAAUCCGUUUCGUGAUGUUUAAAACUUUUUCUGAUGUGAAAUGGAGGAAAGGAACAGGAAAAAAAAAAAAAAAAGAUUUUUACAAAGUAAUAAAAUUUAAAACUGAGCUGUUUCAAUGUUGCUGUUUUUACCUGUCUGUUCUUGUCCAAAAGUGGGACAUUCCCAGGAAGAAGAGGAAGGUUCCACUUGGUUCCUUAAAUCGCCAAAAGCCCCCGCCCAGAAUUCACACCCUACCCCCGAAUUCUUGCAACAUUAUUUCCCAGUUGGUUGAUGCCAAGGCAAAAAGACAUCCUUUUAAUGGUUAGAGAGGAUCAGUUACUUAAAUGAUUUCAUGUCAGUGUUGUAUUUAUGGUUUUACAAUAAAACAACCUUUAGGAAGA